AUGCUGAGUGAUGCCGAAUUCAGAUACUCUGUCAUUGAGAAAGAAAUGCUUGGUAUUGUAUUUGCACUGGAGAAAUGGAAUCAAUACACCUAUGGCCGUGAAAUAACUGUGUUCACUGACCACAAACCUCUUGAAAGUAUCUGCAAGAAACACCUUGAUAGAGCUCCAAAGCGUCUGCAAGGGUUACUCCUACGAGCUCUUGCAUAUGACAUACAAGUGAGAUAUCUCAAGGGCAAGGACAAUGUUCUGGCUGAUGCUCUUAGCCGUGCUUCUCUUCCCUAUGAGAGUGGACAACAUGAUCUAGAAGUGGUGAAUCCUGUUAACCACUUAUCACUCCCUGAUGACAGGAUAGCAGAGAUAAAGAGACAGACUGCCAAUGACCCUACUCUCUGCCAACUCAAAGACACCAUUCUUGAAGGGUGGCCAGACCACAAGUCACAACUUCCUCAGUCACUCACCCCAUACUUUGGUUUCAGAGAUGAACUUUCUGUCAGUGAUGAUCUAAUCUUCAAGGGUGAACGACUUGUAGUCCCAAAACAAGUCAGGCACAAGAUGAAAGAGGAGUUACAUCGUGGUCACAAUGGUGUCGAGUCAACUUUGAGGAGAGCUCGUGAUCAUCUCUACUGGCCGGGCAUGAGUAAAGAAAUCAAGGAAUUUAUUCAAACGUGUGCCACAUGCCAAGAAAACUCUAUCUCACAGCCUCCCCAGCCUUUGAUGCCUCAUCAGAUUAUUGGAAGACCAUGGGCCAAGGUUGGAAUUGAUCUCUUCCAUCAUGGUCAUGACAAUUAUCUGCUCAUGGUCUGUUAUUACUCCAAUUUCUUUGAAAUGGAAAAGCUACAGAGGACAACUGCCCCUGCAGUCAUCAAGAAAUUGAAACACCAUUUUGGCAGAUAUGGAGUACCUGAAAUCAUAGUAUCUGACAACGGUCCUCCUUUCUCCUCUAGGGAAUUUGCUGAAUUUGCAAAAAAGCUUGGAGUUGAGCACAAUACCAUCUCUCCAUACAACAGCAAAGCUAAUGGCAAAGCAGAGUCUGCUGUCAAGACUGCAAAAAGACUACUUACAAGAUGCAAGGAUACUGGUGAUGAUGUUGAUCUAGCCUUACUCAACAUUCGCAACACCCCUACACAAGGUAUCCAGAGUAGUCCAGUCCAGAGAUUCAUGGGUCGUCGGACUCGUACUCUCAUCCCCACUUCAACUCGGUUGCUUGCACCUGAUCGCAACCCACAGGCUGAUCUUGAGAGACUGAAAGAAAGCCAGAAACGUCAAGCAAAGUAUUUCAACAGAGAUACAAGAAAGUUGAAAGAUCUCUCACCAGGAGCAGUAGUAAGAGUCAAGCCAUUCAACAAUGACAAGAAGUGGAAGAAAGCAGUUAUCCUUAAGAAACUGGAUGACCGUUCCUAUGAAGUUCGCUGUGAGGGCCAGGUUCUCAGAAGGAACAGAGAACACCUCAGAGCCACAUCUGAACCACAAGAUGUACAUGACACUGGGCCUGCUCUUUUCAACUGGAGACGUUCUGAUGGUAAUCCUCAACCUGAUGUACCAACUACUGAGCACCAUACUUCCCAUACUAGGACCCAGAUAUCCCAGACCGCGGAUAUUAACAGUCCGGAGAAGUCGCGUGAUCCAAACUUGAAUACCACAGAAACGGAACCAACCAACCCAGCUUCCCUGAGACGAUCUAGACGUCAGCGACGCGAACCGCUUAAGAUGAGGGAUUUUGUUACGUUUUGA